AUGGGUCUGAAAAAGCUACCACUGGAUACAAGUGAAAGUGACUCUGAGGAGUUGCCAACAUUUAACUUUCUGACACAGAAGCCAUCUUUAUCAAAGAGCAGCCAAGUUCUUGUGGGCCACAACUCAAAUGUUGAGUGUUCCUCUUCAUCUUCAGUAUCAAAAGGGCUAUUGGCUGUACAAGAGACAGCCAGAACUAUUUCUCCAAAAGAGACAGUUACAGUGCUAAACAGUGAGAGUGAGGAGGAAGAGGAGCUUAUUCCCCUGGCACAAAGACUUCAAGCAAAUCAUUUUUCUAAAACACACAAAAGUUUGUCAGUUGCAGAGGAGAGUUCAGUGCCCUCUCCUCCUCAGAAAAGAACCAAGUACACUCGGAAGGAGAGGGGAGAAAGUUGUCAGGGUCCCCUUCGUAUCCAAGGAAAAUGGAAGGAAACCAAGCAGAGACAGCAAGAAAGAGAGAGGAAGAAAGCACUGGCCAGCAUGCUGAAGGCACAGAGGCCAGAUGAAUGUCUGAAACACAUCACAGUUGUGUUGGAUCCAGUUCUUUUGCAGCUUGAUGGUGGUGGCCAGGUCCUCAGUGCUCUGCAGGCUAUGGAGUGUCACUGUGUGAUUGAGGCACAGACCAUUCCAUGUAGUAUCACUUGGAAGAGGAGAGCCAUCCUGUCUCAGCCAGGAGAUGACUGGAGAGAGGAGCCAAUCAUUCUGGUCCUGCUCCAAGAAAAGGAAUUUAUGACUAUGAUCAACAAUUCAAAGCAGGACAGCCCUGAAGAAGGGAAGGAAACUCUGCUGAACUUUGUGACUUGGAUCACAGCAAGGACAUUAGGGAAAACCCUGUCACUGGCAGUCGUGGAACAGGAAAAACUUUUCAGCUCUCAGAAACCCCAAAGGAAACGAAAACAGGGAAUGGUACACAGGGAUCAAGCAAAAGGGAAGGUAGAUCAGAGGAGAUCAAAAGAGGAUAGUGAGUUUACUCCAACUCUUUCCCGAGUGGAAGUAGAAAGGGCUUUGGUAGAGUUCCAACUUCACACAGAAGCCCAGAUCAGAAUCCUGAAGAGCUGGAAGGAGCUGUCUGACUUUGUCUGUAUGUUCACCAAGGCUGUGGCUGAGGCACCCUUCAAGAGAUUUUGGGAUCGGACUAAUUUUUCCUUCUGUUUGGAGAGUGAUUGGGCUGGAGGAGCAAAGGUGGACUCUUCUGGUAAGGGACUGACACUCGUCUGGAGGAGGCAGAUUCAACAGCUGAACCGAGUUAGCCUAGAGAUUGCCAGUGCAAUUGUAACUGCCUAUCCCUCACCUCGGCUCCUUCUAAAGGCAUAUCAGCAGUGUUUAUCCGAGCAAGAAUGUCACAAUCUACUUGCAGACAUCCAAGUGCGCCGAGGGGAAGGUGUAACAUCUACUUCUCGCCGAGUUGGACCAGAGAUCUCUAGGCGCAUCUAUUUUCAGAUGACUACUUUGCAGCCAGAACUCAUUCUGGAUGGCACAGAAUGAUUCCUAAUCAAAACUGAUGGUUGAAAAUACUCUAAUAUCCUUUUGUAGGAAUAAAUGGGAGCAGUGAUCCUGUCAGUUCAACUUCAUUUCCCUUCCUGACGGAAGCUAACAUGACUAAAUAUAGGAGGAUAAUCC